GGUAUGAAGCAAAACAAUAACAAUCUGUUUCAGUCUUAGACGAAAUGGUUCGAGUCUCGCUUGUAGCUGUGACUCUUAUAAAUGUAUUUUUCUCAGCUAUUUGUUAUGUAUCAGCGAAACCAAGUUAUAAGGGACCAGAAUUAUCAGAAAUAUCAGAAGAUGAAACAUUAGCAUUGAUCAUCGGCAUCGAUGACCAUGAUGUUCAAAAGUCAGAAGAUGAUGCACCUGAUGUGGAGGAAGAAGAGGACAAAGCAAUCGAAUUGCUUAAACUUCUUCUAAAGGGUCAAAAUUAUCAGCGUGAUGAGAAAUCGGCGGAAAAAGCCGAAGUUGAAGAUGUCACAGCUGAACUGAAGGCUAAGGCUCUCAGGCAAGGGUGUUAUCAAGCCGCGCAGUGUCAUGACACAUGCCAGACGAAGAAGAAAAAGAAGGAAAAGCAUUCUUGUAAAAAUGUGUGCCAACAGAUUAUGGAUAUGUGCACAACCACCACUAAGGACCCGUGUGCGAAAGAUGAUCCUUGUGGGGGGACGAAGUGGGGGAAAACUAUGCCUCCCAAAUGGAGAUUGCUCCUAAGGGCCAUCCAACAACAAAACCAGUAAAGUCUUGAUAGGUCUUUCGAUGAAUUCGUAAUAAAUUGAUUUUUUUUUAAAUUAUAUAAUUGUUGAAAAAAUUAUUUGUAUUAAUGUUUAGUUUCUUGGAAAAAAUAUUUUUUCAUAAUCAUAACAUUUACUUAACCGACUUUUAGAAAGUUGAAGUGAUUUUGUCGCGAUAUAUUGUUAUUAUUUUUUGGAGCACGUUGAUGUAAUAAAACAGCCAUCGUUGAAGUCCAUUCAAAAACGAAUAAAAUAAAUAGGUACAUCAUUU